CGUGAUGACGCACAGGUCCGACCGACCCGCCCCCCCCCGAGGGGUUGUCGAUGCCGAGAGGAGACGAGAGGGUGAUCGGCGCCGGCGGCGGCGGCGGCGGCGGCACCGGGACCUCCACAUCCCCCACACGUCUGACGUGAGGCUUGCGAGGGCCGCCCGCAGAGGUGUAGCGCCGGUUCACCGCGGGAGAAAGCGGAGGUUGACUUGUGCAGUGAAACAGAGCAGAAUGGCUGAGCAACUUCAUAGCAUCAACCUCCAGAAUUUCAGCAGGUCCCUUCUGGAGACGCUGAACUCGCAGCGCCUGGGUGGUCAUUUCUGCGAUGUAACCGUACGUAUCCAUAACACAGCUCUCCGAGCCCACCGCUGUGUCUUGGCUGCAGCUAGCCCCUUUUUCCACGAUAAACUCUUGUUGGGCUACAGCGAGAUUGAGGUCCCACCUCUGGUCUCAGCCCAGACUCUGCGACGACUAGUGGAUUUUAUGUAUAGUGGCUCACUGAUGGUCUCUCAUGUGGAGGCUUUGCAGAUCCUCACGGCAGCGAGUGUCCUUCAGAUUAAAACCAUAAUCGACGAGUGCACACGGAUCAUUUCACAAAAUGCCCUACAAAAGGCUCAGGGGGACCAACAAAAGAUGGACCUCUCCGAUGAGAAGGAAGCAGUUCUUUGCCAGAACACUGGCGACCAGAUCCACAAGUUUCCCAUGGGUUUUAUUGAAACAGCAUUGUCACCCCACACUGCUGAGAGAGAGUUUGACUUUGUACAGGGAGGUUCAAAGAACACAGCCACAGGUGAUGGUGGGUACAAGGCAGAAGAAAUGGUCCCCAUUCUGUGCAGGCAACAAACAUUAGCACGUCAGAAGGGAGUUGGAGAGCAGGCCAUAACCGACCAGGAGAACCUGACUCUAAUGGAGACUGGCCGCAAUAAUGAGGUGCGUGGAAUCUGGUACAAUACUGCAGCCAACCAGCGGCCCGAGAUGGGGCUUUUGUCACAGGGCAGUCACAGCCGCAAGCAACGGCAGCCAAUCAGACUUCAAAUGGCUGACGGAAGUCAAGUGACCAUCAAAGAAGAAGACGAUGAUCUCCUUUACUGUGGGGAGAGCAUCGCUGUCCGAACCGUCUCCAACCAAAUCGCACAGCAAAGCAACCAAGAUGAACAGACCGAGGAAAUCACUGAGGCGAAUGCGUUUAACCCCAACCAGAGUGCAAUGGAGGACCGACGAGACUCUGCUGGUCAUCUGAGUUUGAGCAGCAAAGGAGAUGAGAUGGAAUUUUUCAAUGCCAGUGAUCUCUUACCAGAAGAACUGAAGUCCUUUUGGCAAGGAGAGAAGGAGGAGAAGGACACUGCCGUACAGCAAAAUCGCAAAGCGGACUGCAAGUCGCAGCUUGAUGCUUCUUUUCCGCGGCCUUCAACAUUCAUGCAAGACUUUCUCCCAGGAUCGACCAUGCAAUCCAACCUACGUAACCAGGGCUGUUCUGCACAAUAUGAUGUUGAAGAAGACCCCACUGGAGCCGGCGCAACUACUCACCGCAGCCUUUACCAAAUGGGCCUUCCUCAGUCCCAUCAUCUCCCACCAUUGGCCUCCACCUCUCAGACGUGUGUGUCCAGCAUUCCGGCACAGCCCUCGUGCCAGAAUGCCCCGUUAUUCCCAGAUGGAAGCCAGGCAGUUCCAGCGAAUCCCGGUGAUGCCGAAAGGAAACCCUACGGAUGCACGCAGUGUGGGAAAACCUUCAGCUCCAGACAGAACUAUGCCAAGCACAUGUUUGUCCACACCGGUGAGAAGCCUCAUCAGUGCAGCGUGUGCUGGCGUUCGUUCUCGCUCAGGGACUACUUGAUAAAGCACAUGGUGACGCACACAGGCGUGCGAGCGUACCAGUGUCCUGUGUGCAAUAAACGCUUUACCCAAAAGAGCUCCCUUAACGUGCACAUGCGGCUCCACCGUGGCGAGAAGGCCUUCGAGUGCCACGUGUGUAACAAGCGAUUCUCGCACAAGACUCUGCUGGAGAGGCAUAUGGCCACACACGUCGUAUAAACUGCCGGUGCACUGAGCCCGAGCCGUACAAGCCCCACACCAGUUCUGCCUGGGGAAGAUCGACGUACUCUGCAAACCCAAGCCCCCCCACGCACCAACGAGUGUUUAGCCAGGAAUAUGAACCAGCUUUUGAGUGAACACAAUGUGCGGUAGAGGUAGCCACCAUAAAGGUGGGAACAGCUUAACCUUCCUCCGUUUUCCAUGCCCCACCGCUGAACUUCCUCCAAACCCUGCAAGUAGUUGUCAAACUCGGCUCGGAGUGGCUGCAUCAGCCUGGAUCACACUCUGGCACCCCAGAGCAGGAAAGACCCGGCUCCUGGGUCUCUGUUCAGGUAACUAAUCUGAGCCACCGUCCACAUCCACCGGUCAGAAAGAGGAACAUCCAGCAGCGUGCACUAGCCAUUAGUAGAUGUUCUGAUGAGAUUGCCUUGGCCGUGAUGGCCCAGAACAGUUAAUAGAAAUAGUCACUUCUUUUUUCGUGUGGCGUGCACAGCCUAAAGUUGUUGGACAACUUGUUCUAUUUGAUCUUCCGUUUGUGCACGUCGAGUUGAUUGCAUUAGUCGAAACAGGGCGGACCACGUGAAGGUUGCAAUCUUCCGCCCCAGAAAUAGUCACUAAAAAAGGCUAUUCAACCCAUCAUCUCCUAUACAGAGGGAUAAAGGGCUACCCAGCUGAUUUGUGUAUCACAGAACAUUGCCCCGGAGUUCUGUAUUAUUACAAUACAAAAGCAUAUUGCCUUUAUAUAGUGCCUUCAUUGGAGCAAAAUAUCCUAGGGUGUCUCACAGGAGUGUUUUUAAACAAAAACUGAAACCUUAGCCACAUACGCAAAUUUUGCUACAAAUGACCAAAGGCUUGGUCAACAAAGCAUCGUAAAGGAGGAGAGAGAAGCCAAAAAAUGAUUUAGGUCAAGUCAAGUCAAGUUUAUUUGUCACAUACACAUACGAGAUGUGCAUAUUCCAGAGCUUAAGGCCUUGGCAGCUGAAGUCAUAGUUACUGGAAGAGGAGCAAUUAAAUAUAGGGAUGAUCAGAGGGACAGGACUGGCGGAGCAGAGAAAUCUCUUGAGGGAAUGGGAUUUAAAAGGAAUGAAAACCGUGGGAUUUUUAAACCAGAAGUUAAUUUUAAAUGAGACGUUGCUUAACUGGGACCCAACGUGGGUCAGCAAGCAUAGAGAUGAGUGUGAAUUGAGUCGGUGUGAGUUAGGGCCCAGUUUUACAUGGAAGGCCAGCCAGGAGAAUCAAGUGACACGGCUAGAACUUCCACAGCUGAGACUGACAGUGUCCGAAUGCUCAGCCAACUGCUAUUUAUUACUCCGGCAUUUUGUGUCUAUCUUUGCUAUUUAAAUGCAGUGAAUUCACUACCAUCUGCAAUUAUUUUUAAUCCUUCAGCCUAUUCCUGUAUUUUCUAUUCCCCUUCUUACCACUCUGUUAAAGGGUGUGGUGGGUUCUCAUUAUCCAACAUAUUUUGGUCUUUCGCUGUUUUAUUUCCGUCAAUUCUCCAUUUGGCCUCCCCUUUUCCAAAGUGAACUAACCCAAUUUAGUCGCACUUGCCUCAUAAUCAUAAUUUUUUCAGCUCUUAUAAUAUCCUCAUAAUAUCCUCUCCAGCCUCUCGUUCUUUUGUGUGGUGACAAUAUCUGUACAAAUACCCCUGCUGUGGCCUAAACAUAGACCUUUCUGGCUCUUAUAUUCUUUGGCUCAGCCAAUAAAGGAAAAGAUUCUGGAUUCCAGACACAAUAGUGGAUGAGUUAACAACCCAUGUUUUUUCUCUGCCCACCUUGAAUGAAGAAUCCCAAUUGAAUAAUAUAUCCAAGGUCGUGUGGGGGUAAACUAACUAGCAUAGUAUCUUCGACAUAUAGUGCAUUGAAAUGAUUAGUCGCAACCCCUUUGAAAAUAAUCUAAUUAAUGAUAUUGUUUAAAUUUGAUACACUCUCAUUGAUCCGUUUUUCAUCAGCCGACUAAUCAUAUGUUUUGUUAAAGAUGCAAAAGGGACUCAGUCUGCAAUUUCCAGCCUCCUCCAGGCUUGAUUUGCGAUGGAUUUUAUUAUUCAGCUGAUAAUUGGACAACCAGCUGCUUUAGCUAUGCAGAUCCUAAUAUUUUUAACUACUGUCUGAAGUAUUUCAGAAUUAUUUCAAACUUAAUAAAAUGUGCUUGGAUAUAAUUGCUGUAUGCAUGAAAUCCAGGCUGGUAGCUUGACAUGUCUCCAUCCUCACACAUGUCAUAUUUUUAUAAAGCUGCUGUAAUAAUUACUUGUCUUGCCUGUGCCUGAUGGUAGUACCACAGUGGUUACACUGUGUCAGGAUACCUUCCCUCCCCAAACUCCAUCACCCACCACUGUUCCAGAUGAUCUUUCAGUGUAAGUGGAGCUUCAUUCAAUGAUAUGCCCUCCUUAUUCUGCCUUCAUCCUCAGAUAAUCCUAGUCCCCUAUCAUGAUAAUUGAAUGUUGAAGCCAGGGCAGCCCAAAGGGAUUCUCUGUCCUUUCCCCCAGGAUCAGCCAUUAUGUCGGCUGAGACUGGCAGUAUUUCCUACCUGGGGCCACAGGAAGAUGCAGACAUUGUAUAUUGGGAUGAAGCUGGUUUGAGAAAGCCAAGAAUUUUCUUUAUAUUUUAUUUAUAGAUCAUGAAUAUAUAUUUAUCACAGCUUCUUUGUAGCUUCAGACAAACCGGCAAUAUUGAUCAGACAAGGGUUUCCAGGAGUUUGUAGGCUGCGAUAGAUUAGCUGACCUUGUGCAGACUGAUAUUGCUCAUUUUGGCAUCCUGAUUGCGAUGAAAGUCAAACAGUGUUCUGCUGCAGAUUAAUUAUCAGGGACCCAGUCUAAAAGCAAUGUGAUGGCAAGCUAGGAUCACCUCUAUUCCCAUCCUAUUGCAAUUAAGCAGCUUGUCACGGUUCAAACACAUGAGUGUGCUAUCUACUAAGCUGAGUGUCAUAAAUUGACCUUGUGGCAAGAAUUAGGACAAUUUCAUCCCAUUGUAGAGAAUUUAAAAUUGUACCUACUUGGUUUUCAGUGGUGGGGGGGGG